GCACCAUGGACAGCGCCCGCCGCCACCUCCUCACUCUACUGAGCUCCACAUUCCUCCUGCUGGUAUUCCGAGCCAGCUGCGAGGAGACCGACUACUUGGAGACCAGAUCGCUGGACUUCUACUCCCCCAUAGACAACAGCGUCCACGAGAAGGAGCUGAUUGAUGCUUUGCAAGAAGUGCUAGAAAAACUUAAAAGUAAAAGACUUCCAUUAUUUGAAAAGAAAUAUGGACAGGUGCCCAUGUGUGAUGCAGGAGAGCAGUGUGCCCUCCGGAAAGGUGCACGGAUUGGAAAACUCUGCGACUGCCCUCGAAGGACCUCUUGUAAUACGUUUCUCCUAAAGUGUUUAUGA